CCCACACCAGCGAAGGCGGCAGUUCGUUCAACCUCGAAGGAAGAUAAAACGGUCUAGUUUUCGCUAAUAUCCAGCAACAAACCAACACAUUUCUACCACAUUUGAGCUUUAUGCGUCAAUCUUCUUGUUAUACGUUUAAGUAAGUGAGUCUUUUGACACAACGUUAGCGUUAUAGCGUGAACAUCGACGGUAUCGGAACAAAGGCUUCACGCUCCAGUCGGCCUGCUCGUGGCAGAAAAUACAAAAAUGGCCAAGGGAGGUGACUCUCACUUGGAGAUUAUCCACGUUAGUCAGAGCGAUGGCAUCAACGUCAAAUUUGACCAGAACUGCGCUCCUUCAUCUGGCCCCCGAUCGCGGUCCAAAAGCGGCAGCGCUGGCCGCCACAGGAGGCGCCACAACCGCAAGGGAGGCAACCGGUCUUCGUCCCGCAGCAGGUCCCCCUCCCGCAACCGGUCCCGCUCUCACCCCCGUUGCCACAGGUCUUCCUCCCGCUGUCGCUGUGACAACCAUCGCGGGUCUGGCCGUGUUUGCCGAUCCCCGUCACGGCGCCACAAGGACAACUCGGGCUCACCCUCGCCAUCCAGACACUCCCGCAGCCGACGCCACAGAACCCACUCCAGGCCAACCAGCCAUAAGAGCCGGCAGAGUAAGGAGGUGAGCAGGUUUUCCCAGUCCCCGCCCAGCAACAACGGCUCAAGGUCCGGAUCUUCAGAGCAUUCGGUCAACUUGAGUUUGGAUGAUAAAGAAAUCCUUGUCGAGGCUGCAGAGGCCAUUGCUAUCACGAUCCCGGGAGCGGAAAUGCUUGAACUUCCCGAGAAUGUGAAACCAAUCCUGUUGGAGCAGGCGGUGGAGUCCAAACGGCUGUUGUCGGGGACAUGGGUGAGACAAGACCCUGAAAAGACUCCAUCAGAGAGUGAUGAAGAUCCUGAUGAUGUGUUCAGCUCGAGGAUGUCCCCAAAAAGGAAAACCAUCUCUUUCAGCAUCAAUAACGCUGUGCUGAAGCCAACGGGGGCAGCUCCAUCUGGCGCUAAGGUAACUUCCAGAGUGGACAGCUAUGAAAGCAGGAAGCCGUAUGGCCACUGGAUGCCAGUCAAAUCAGGCCACGCCUCCAGUGCUCGCAAACAGGCACUUGCCAUGUCACACUAGUGUGGCAGAGUACAUGGACCCUGUGAAUACUAUACAUACAUAUUUUUUUUUUGUACAUAUGUUUGACCUUUUUAUGGCAGAAGUUUUAUUACAGAUUUUUGUGGGAAGAAGUGAAGAAGUCGAUCAGGUGGGAUUAUUUGUUUUUUCCCAUUGUUGUAUACUGUGCUUCAAUAAAGAUAUUUAUUUGAUUACAAAAGUU